AGAGAUUUACACCACCUGUACAUCUCAAACCGCUUCUUAAGCUCACUUUGAUAACAGCUUUUUGACUUUCAGUCACAGCCGGUGGAAAGACUGAAGAGAUGAAGUGCGUCACGCUCUUUCUGGUGCUGUCGAUGGUCGUCCUCAUGGCUGAACCUGGGGACGCCUUCUUUCACCACAUUUUCCGUGGAAUUGUUCACGUCGGCAAGACGAUCCACAGACUUGUGACCGGGGGAAAAGCGGAGCAAGAUCAGCAAGAUCAGCAAUAUCAGCAAGAGCAGCAAGAGCAGCAAGAUCAGCAAGCGCAGCAAUAUCAGCGCUUUAACCGUGAGCGUGCGGCUUUUGACUAGACUUUGUGAAUCUAUGGCGGUUCAUCUGAAAGAGCAGCUCUGAAACUUUGUUUUAAAUUAAAUUCUUGUUGCUCUUUAACUGAUAUUUGAACAUAUAGCAGUUAUUUGGAAUAAAUAUGCAUAUCUACAAAACUUGUCUCCCUUA